GUCAAAAAAAGAUGUAAACACAAGAGCACCUGUCAAAUGUGCGGUGUUGAAUAUUGUUGAAUUUAAAUAAAAUAAUAAUGAUCAUGUGAUAAUUAAAUUGUUUAAUCACCACUUAACAAUGGCAACUCAAGAAAAACUUUUGAAAUCCUUGGAAGGUCUUCAACAAUUAAUAAAUAUAAAAGGAGAUAAUAUUUCCAGUCGUAAAAAGGAAAAAGUACAACAUUGUCACUUCAUAACCGAAGCAAUAACCAACUCGGCGAUUAAAAUAGCCCCAAAUUUUAGCCAGCUGUUGAGUUUUACGUUUGAGACGUUACUUGAACUUUGUAAUGAUGCGGAAGCGGAUAUUCGUACGAUAGCGGAUGAAUCGUUAAAUAAAAUAAUAAGGGUAUUAAAUGUUGAUAAUAUUGGAAAAAUACAAUUGGAAUUACAUAAAGAAAUAAAGAAAAACGCGGCAGCCAGGUCUUUAAAAGCUGCUUUAUGGAGAUUUGGAAACCUUGCUCAUAUGAUAAGAGUUUAUAAAGGAAAACCUUAUGUUGUUAAUUUAAUUCCUUGCAUUGUUAAAAUUUCGGAACGAGAGGAAGAAUUUUUACAUGACACAUUAACAGAAUCACUUCCGAAAAUUUUAAAAAUUCUUGGUUGUUUUACAAACGAUGGUGAUGUUAAAACUUUAAUGAAGGCGUUUUUAAAAAAUAUUUGUCAGCCUUCUCCUGGUAUUCGAAGGAAUUCUGCUAAAUGUAUAUUAAUUUUAUGUCUAAACUGUAGAAGGCCGUAUUACUUUAUGGUUUAUGCAUUAAAUCAGUUAUUAGAUUUGUUGUUACCAGUGGAUAAUGAGUGUAAUAGUUUUACAAUUUUGGGUGUUUUGGGUGGGGUUAAAGUUAUACUACCUAAUUUAAAUAAAAAGGAAGAUUAUCAAGAAAUGGUUAAUAGUUUUGGAGCUAAAAAGGAUUUACAAGAAAUUGUUGUUUCUUUAGAUAGACAGAUACAAAUUUAUGAACUUUGCCUGCAUUAUUUAUCUUAUAAUGAUCAUAACAUUAUUAAUAUGGCUUUAGAAACAUUAAAUAUUUUAUUACAAAAUUGUCAAAAAGAACUUAAAGAAGUUUUAUUAUCAAAAUCUGGUAUAACUCAAAGCAAAAUUAAACAUAUUGAUCCAGAUUUAAAUAAAGGAUCACCUUAUGAGAUGAGUAUAGCUUCUUCAAGAAGUUCAGAGGAGAAGCUGUUAGACUCGUUAUCUGACCCAUUAACGAGUGACAUUGAGAAAUGGAUUGAUCAGUCGACUUUAUCAAUUAUCAAUGUUAAUUAUACCUCGUUAACGAAAAAUUUGCAAGAUGAAUCAAAAUUGUCUUUAAAUUUUGAUAAUGUUGAUACUGGCGAGGUGGAUUUUGGUGAAAUAUCAAAAAGCAAUUCGGAUUUGGAAGAAAUUGCAAAAACUGAUGGCAGUUUUGAUAAUAUUAAUGCUUCUGAAGUUGAAAUUGGAUCGCAGUAUAGUUAUUUAGCAGAGGAUACUGUUUCAAUAAUUACUCUAACAGAUGUUACUCAGGAUAUUGACAUUGGAUCAUUCAAAGAUAUAAAUGUGCCAUUAAUUUACUGUAGCCGUUUAAUAGUAAAAUCGUUUUUAUUAACCGGUCAACCAAAAGGAUUAAUCCCCGAUCGAAACGUACGAGUUUCCGUAAAAAAUUUAGCAUUAACUUGUUUAGGAUCGAUCAUUCAAUUAUACCCCGAUAUACUCCUAUUAAAUCUCGACGUAAAUUACACGAAAAACACGCUUGAACCUAAACAGUUCAUCUCCGACAUUUUAUUAUUUGAAAAUGAUCCAGAUCCGCAGUUAGCUGGAAUAACCAGGAUUGUGGUCGGUUUAUUUUUACAAGCCGUUUUAAAACUAAGCUAUGGUAAAUACGAAGAAUGGUUGAAUUCGAAGAAUUGCGAUAAUGACCGAUUUAAAAUUGAGAAUUUAGUACAAAUUUUAAUAAGGGGUUUUGAACAUAAUUCAUCGAUUUGUGUCCGCCAAAGUUUAUCAUCUUUAAAUCAUUGUAUGAAAGAAAUGUUGUAUUCUGAUAAAUGUGAGUGUGUUUUGCCAAUUUUAAAGGUUUUGCCAUUAUUAGCAAAAGACCCUUAUUGGUUGGUAAAGAUUAAAUUGGUUGAAAUUGUAACUCAUUUUGAAUACAUUACAAUUGAAUAUGUAACUGGUGAUCCAGAAUUCCAAAAUAAAAUUGUUUACAACGUUCUUUUGGAAUUGUUAAAAGAUGAGGAUCAAAGAGUUAGAAAUGCUACGUCAAAUUCAAUCGUAAAGAUUAUGCCUAUGUUGUACUUCCAACAGCAAACUCCAAAUCAAAAUGUAAUAAUAAAUAAAGCCAUCGAAUACAAAAAUAAGUAUUUAAAAAAUAUAAGCAAUUUAAAUGCGGGGAUAAACGUUUUUAAAAACUCAUUUUUAAGCACUGCUCCUUUUCCUUUUAACGUUUCAAGUGAUUCAGAGAUUGAAGGGAUUGAAUUUGGGUUAUCUAGAAUAAUAUUAAAGUUACACGAGACUUUAUUGACUUCGACGUCAAAACAACAUAUCUAUGGUUGUAUAGAAACUUUGUGCUUAUUAAGUCAAACUUAUUCUUGUACAGUUUAUAAAUCGUCAUGGAAUUGCUUUAAAAAUUUUAAUUUCCAACAAGAAAAAACAAUUUUUCAAAGGAGUAAUUCGAUAAUUGGAAAUAUUUCAUCGAUUUGUGAAUCGAACGUUAGUUGUGCAAAAGAUUUAUUAAACAUAUCUAUUUCUUUGUUUUCACAUAUAACGGUUUAUGACUUAAAUUUUCAUUCGAAUCUUCUAAAAUUUACAGGAAAUCUUUUCGCUGGAAAAUGUUUACAAGAUUUACAAUUAUCAUCAGAUACCUUAGAAAAUAAUCGACCUCUUUGGGAUAUGUUUAACGAUAAAAUUCUUCGUGAAUUAAGCGAAACAUUUUUAACACACAUAAUAAAAUUAUUAAAUGUUUUUAUGCAUGUUAUCGAAGAAAUAACCCCGCAAAUAAUCGUUCCCAAACCGGUUUUACCAAAUUUACCACCCGCCAGUACUUUAUCGCCGUUAAAACGACGUAAAAGCGAUUUAGACAAGAAAUUAUUAACAAGCGUUAAAACUGACAAAGAUGAAAAAAUUGAAAAGAAGCCGGAAAAUGUUAAAAACAUUUCGAUGGGUUAUUUUGCGAAUUUACCUCAUUACAUGAAGAUUUAUGACAUUCUUCGAAUGGCUUAUUUAAAUUAUAAGAUAACGUUAGAUUCUUCAGCCUCAGAAAAUUUAUUAAAUUUUUUAAAAACAACUUUAUCCGCUUUAUGUCAAAUUUUAGAGGUUGCUACUAUUACGGAAACUGGAAGAAUAGCGGAUGAUAUCUUAAGAUAUCUUCGAGCUUCUUUUUAUUUAGACCAAGCGUCUACCGUAAGUUGUGUUCAUCAGUUAUUGAAAAGUCUUUUUGGAAAUAAUCUUACGAGUGGAAUGAAUUGUGUUAAUUUGGAAAAUCGAAAAGAACAGAAACCACACAAUGAGGAUGGGUUUUAUUACAAUUUAUUUCAACGUCCUUACACAGAAUUAACGAAUUAUAUUGACUGUUUAAAUAGCAUGGAUAAGGUUGAAUGCGAUAGUGAUAAUACUGUAAUGGGUUAUUUACAUAGAAAAGAAAUUAAGAAACCUGUGCCAAAAGGUUCUGAUAAAAUCUUAGCAAAUUAUAUUCGUAUUUUUGAACCUAUGGUCAUCAAGUCUUUAAAGCAAUACACAAUUUCAAGCGACGUUGUCCUUCAAUGUAACGUUCUUCAGCUUUUAAGUCAACUGGUUCAACUUCGAGUAAACUACUGUCUUCUCGAUUCCGAACAAAUUUUUAUCGGAUUCGUUCUAAAACAAUUCGAAUUUAUCGAAGAAGCUCAAAUACCGGAACCUGAAAAAUUAAUCCCAAAAAUUUUUAAAUUCCUCGUUCAUUUAUCGUACAGUAAACACCAUUCAAAAAGUAUAAUAAACGUACCGAAAAUAAUCCAAUUAUGCGACGGUUUAAUGGCAAGCGGACAAAAGCCGACUACUUAUUGUAUACCGGCUUUAGAACCGAUCGUUGAAGACAUAUUUUUGGUAAGAAAUAAAUCGAAUACGGCGGAUUUUAAAGAAUUAGAAACAACAAGGGAGGUUUUAUUAUCGAUGUUAUUGAGAUUAAUCGAGUAUAAGGAAGUUAUAGUUUUGUUGACGUUGAUUUUAAACGAUAGUAAAUAUUGCGAAAACAGCGAUAAAUGGCAUAGAUGGUCAAAACAAGUUUUCGACGUAUUUUUAACGAUGUUAAAACAUAAUAAAAUAAGAUUGAACGAUGGAAAAACAAUUGAAGCUAUUAUGAAAUUAUUGCUUGUUAUGAAUCCGGGCGUUUUUAAAAAUAUUAAUGACAUUUUAGUUUGUUUAUAUCAAAAAUGUCCAUUAAACGGCGAUGCAAUUAGUAAAUACCUAGGAAAAAAUUUAAUUAUUUUAUUAAUUUUAACUCAUAUAAAAGAAGACGUUUUACUUAGUAAAAUAAGCGAAGCUUCAACAGAUUUUGAUCCAAGUAGUAUUUUUGAUCAUAUUGAAAUAACUCCGGAUCCUUUAAAUGUAAUCAAUAACAUUAAUUAUUUUCAAAGAAUACAACCUGAGGUGGCUUUUGUAAAAUUAAUUUUUAAAAUACUCCAAGUUACUUCAGUGAAUUGUGUAGAUGAAUUUGAUGAGUUUCUAGUUGAAGAACUGUUUUAUUUUAUGGUUAUUGUUUCAUAUUUAAUGCAGUCUGGUAAUUAUUCUAAGAUAUCAAAUACAGCAAUAUCACUAAUUAAUACAAUUACAUCUGAAGAUAAAAUCCCAAUAGACGUUAUAAAUACCAACUUUUUAAAAAUCGGUGUUUUACACCCUACUUUAUUGUUUCAAUGGUGUUAUCUUUUAACAGUAUUAAAUUAUCAUAAUAAUAAUUUUUGGAAUGUGUUGUUAAACAAUGAUUUAACAUGUAAAAAUACAUCUUUGCAUCAAGAAAUUAUUCGAUUAGGAGUAUCUAUAACUUAUUGUGAGUAUUUGACGGAAAAUGUACAUAGCGUAGAACAAUUAAAAUCAUUUUUAUACCACAACAUUAACUUAAUAAUUGAAUUAUGUGAUGAAAUACCGGUUCAUGAAUUUAUAGCAACUUUACACAGAGAAUCAAAUACUAGUCUAUUAAUAUUAAAAUCUAUAGAAGAUAAAUCAAAAAGAAAUCACAAGCCUUCUUAUUUAACAAAAAUCCUAAAAUGUCUUGAAAACACCAACAACCACCAAACGGGUUAUUUAAUCACUCUAUUAAUAAAAAACUUUUUAAAUUGUCGCCAAUUAGCACUUCAACGUUCCGUGUCAAUUUUAACAAGUCGAAAAGUUGAAUAUUUAUUAACUUUAACACAAGAUGAGGUCCAUAAUCAAUUAAGUAAAGAAAACUUAACGAUUAUAAUGACCGAUUUUAACGAUAGUAAUAAAUUUGCCAAAAGGAACGAGGGGCUUUUAAGCGUUUUAAAUAAAUUGGCCACACAAUUUUAUAAUUUACCACCUUUGGAGUUAAAUCAAAGAAAGUGUGUUAAUCCGGAUUUUAUUAAAAAAAUGGAAAUAAAUAAAACGUGGUAUUUAAAUGAGAUUAAAAAUAAAUGUCGAGAUGUAAUGGAAUGUAAUCAAAUUGCCGAACUUUUAAAAAUUUUGGAUUAUAAUGAUGUUAUCGGUGUUAUGGCGGAAAAAAAUUUUAAUAAGAUGAUAUUGAAAGACGUGUUUAAGAAGGAAGAUAAAAAAGAUGAAUUAGAUUUGUUAAAAGCAGCCGUUGACGUACUUUUUGAAGAAUUAAAUCAGUUUAUUUUAUUAUCACCAAAAAAUGAUGAUGACAAAUUUUCAAAUCAAGAUUUUUGGAAUACUUUGCAAAACUUAAUUCCCAGCGUAAUUGCUUACAUUGAAUUGGAUUUAAAAAUUCCCGACUCGCAUAUAAAAAAUAUCUGCAUAUUUUUUGUAACAGUUUUAGAGUCGAUAACAUAUUUAAUAAGAAUCGAUAAAACCGAAGUAAACGUCCAUUUUAUAAGUAAAUCGCUUGAAUGCGCUUGUACAGUUCUAAAAAAUAAUCAAUUAAUUAAUAUGUUAUCAUUACAAGAAAGUUCAAUGUGGGUGAGUUCUUCCACAAAAGUAAUUUUUAAACUCGUCUCGUUUUUGCUGUUAGAUUUCGAACCUUUACCUAUAUUUACAAAAAAUAAUUUAAAGCCAGCUUUAGAUGAUAUAGAAACGUCUGCAAUCGCAAACGCAUCGUAUCAACUUUACGUUUUGAUCGGUUGGAUCGAAAGUUUACAAGUUAAAGAACGAAGAAUACCUCUAACGCUCUUUAAACCGAUUAAAAAAAUUAUCAUUCUUUUAUCACGUUUACCACAAGUUAAUUCUUACGUUUUAACACCCCCGAGUUCUUGGAAAAAUGGUUGGAACGUUGAAUUAAUCGGACCGUUUAAAAAUCAAGUUCCCCCACUUCCUGUUGAUUAUAUGCAACAAAUAGAUGUUUUGGAAGAGUUUAUUUAUCGGAUAAAUUUGUUGGGUUGGAGAAAUAGGCAGCAAUUUGAAGAGACUUGGAUGUGCUUGUUGAGUGUUUUAAGUUCAAAUGUUGAAGAAGAUUGUUUAGAGGAUACAAAUAGAUUAGCUCACGCUACUGGGUUAGCUGUUAGUGCGAUAACUUCGAUUUUAGUUCUAACUUUGUAUUAUCCUAAUCCCGGGAAUAGAAAUACCUCUAAAAUUAUUCAUGUAUCAAGAGAUUCUGUGAUUAAGAAUAAUUCAGCUAGCAUUAAAAAAUUAAAAUUAAUCCAAAAAGAUUUAAUAGAAAAAGUUAACUCUUUAAAUAUUCAAGAAGAAGAAACAAAAAUAAUAAACGUAUUUGAUAAGCAGAAUUUAGAAAAACACCACUCGUUAUACUCAAUAGGUCAAAUUUCUAUAGAAUACUUAUUGAUAUCAUCAAAAAUAGUGGAAGAACUCGACGAAGAAAACCCAAUAGUCCAACUUUAUCAUAAAAACCAAUCCAACUUAAUCGAGUGUGGGGUAGAUUUAAAUUCUUGUAUACAAUUUUUACUAGAUUUAUAUUCGCAAUGGCUUAAUGAUCAAAUUCAUUCUAACGAACAAAAUUUAGCUCCGUUAAGGGUUGUAAACGAAGUGAUUAAGUCAGUGUUAAUAAUUUCGGACCUUUUCUUAGAGAAGACCCAGUUCCAGUGGAUGUUGGAUUCUAUGUUAAAUUUUUCGAAAAAUCAUGCUUCAGAAGAUGAAAUUCUUCAUCAAUAUGUUAUUAUUAAUAUUUCAAAAGCAGUUGCUGUGUUAAAUCCAGAUAUGGAAGUUUAUGAAUACAUUAAAAGAUUAAUAUCGCAAGGAUUGAAAAGUGCUUUCUUGGCGAUGAGAAUCGCAAGUUUACAUGGAUUAUUAUACUUAUUGCAAGGUUGUAUUCUUUCCAAUACAGUUAUUGGAGGAAUUUCUGAAGAGUUACAGUUGUUUUUACCUUUAAUCACUGAGUAUGUGCAGUGUAAUAUGAAUACAACAAACAAUGUGUUAAUGAGAUCGCAAGAUCAUAAUUUAUUAUUAUGGGCAAUCACAUUUUACGUAAUCGAACAUGUAAAAGAGAUUCAUCUUCCAAUCGAUUUUGUUGCAAAUUCUGUUCAAUCAGCCAUUAGUUUAUUAAACGAACAAAAGUUUACUAAAGUUUUUUAUACGGCAGUGAUAAAAGGUCUGGAAAGAUUAAUAAUUACAAAAUGUUUACCUGAACGUCUUCAUGAACAAAUUACUAAAUUAGCUGUUGAUAAAAUGAAAGAUAAUAAUCCAAUUUAUGCAAUUCCAGCUGUUCAAUUAUUAAUUAGUUGUAUGUACAUUGAAUGUGAAGAUCAAUUAGAAGAAACAGAAAAAUCAAACGGAAUAGUAAAAACAACACCAGAUAAUUUAGUAAAAACGAUCGAAAAAGUAUCGGCGAUAUUUGAUAAAAUAAAAAAAGGAAAUCUUUUCGACGUGGAAAUACUUUGCGCAAUCAUCCCAAACAUUUUAAACGAUUUCUUUUUACCAUCCGACAUUUUAACAAAAGUAGUCGGCGAAUUUCUAUCGCCACAACAAAAUCAUCCAAAACUUUUAAGUCGCGUUGUUUUUCAAGUAUUUGAAAGUGGAAUAAAGCAAAAUCAACUUCCGUUGCUUCAAGAUUGGGUUGUAUUUAGUUUAUCGAAUUUCGCGCAAUCUUUUUCGGUGGGAAUGGCAACCUGGUAUCUGACUUGCUUCUUUAUAAGCGCAAGUACGAACCGGUGGUUAAGAUCGUUUUUUCCGUACGUUCAAUCGAGAAUCGGUCGAUACGAAUACGAAGAUAAAAAAUUGUUGUGUAUAACGGGGAGCGAUUUUUAUAGAAAUUUAACGACCGAUAAACAAAGGGAAACUUUCAUCGAUACCUUCCGUAAAAUUAAAAAUCAAGUCGAUAUGCCCUAUAAUAAUUUAUUGGCGUCUUUGUAAACGGAAAUAAAACUGGUUUUUAGAAACUAUAUAUUUUUUGAAAAGAUAAUGUUAUAAAUAUGUAUUAUAAUAUGAUAUUUUGUUGUUGUAUGUAUAGUAUAAUUUAAGACUAUAAGGAUAAUAAUAAAAAUAAACAUAGAAAUUAAACAAAUUUUAUUUAU